CUGUCUCGUGUAGCAGCAGCUUUACCAUUUUUAGGUACAGAGGCCGAGCCGGCCGGACCGGGUCCACAGGAGCAAGAGCCAGGGCUGGAUGUGUCCCUGCUGUUGGCAGUGGGAGAUGGCUGAUGUCUGCAGCAGGCUCUGGGUGCUCCAGCUGAACCUCUGGGCGAUGGCUCUGCUCACAGGUGGGAUCUCAGCAGACAACAGCACCUGGAACAGCCCAGACAGCGGGUGCAUCACGGUGAGGCAGUACCCACGCUUUGUGGGGGCCAAGAGGAACACCCCCAUCCAGUUCAUCUGCUACUUCGAGGAGCCCCACAGCAUCCAGUGGUACAAGCUGGCGGAGGGCAGCGACGACUUCCAGGAGCUGAGCACCAGCACCCCCCGCUACAGCAUCCAGACAACAGAGAACUUCACCAGCUUCACCAUCUCCAGCACCACCUACGAGGACAACGGCAUCUACGUCUGUGACAGGAAGAACCUCACAGCGCAGCAGCGGCCGCACGACUGCGGGACACAGCUCAAGGUCCUGAGUCACAGCAACAUCCGGCAGGUGCAGAGCAGGAACACCCUGAAGGACGCCAUCAUCAUCAUCCAGUCCAUCCUGCUUGUCGUCUUCAUCAGCGUCCCCAUACUCCUCUUCCUCAAUAAAGGCGAAGGCAAGGAAAGCCUGGAGGAGGACCACACCUACGAGGGCCUGGAGGUGGAGCAGAUGGCCACCUACGAGGACAUCACCCCCUUCCGGGACGUGAAGGCCAAGUGGACAGUUGGGGAGCACCCAGGACAAGAGUGAGGGGUCCUGCACCCAGCGCCAGCAUCCACAGGGACUGGCCCCAGCUCCUGCCCUGGACCACAGCUCUGAUGGGUGCCUGGAUCCCAGGCUGUGGUCCCUGGUUACAAACCACCUCCGGCAUCCCUGCACAGAGCCCAGGCCCUGCUACACCCCUAAAGCCCCUGUAGAAAUUAGGAGCCCCCUGCAACCCCCCCAGUACCAACCUGGCCCCAAGCCCCGGCAGACCCACACCAGCACCGAGCUCCUGCAUGGGCAAUGCCACGCAAGCCCCACGGUGGGUGGGGGUCUCCUCCAGCCCCACCACCCCUG